AGCGCUUCUUCUUUCCUUUCUUUAUUUCUCCCUUGCCUUGUUCGGCAACGCGGCCAUCGCUUUUGCUGUACUUUGCCUUCCGCUUUUCUUCCCCUCUCCCUUACCACAUUUAGGAGCCCGCCCCCCCCCCCCCCCAUCACAUAUCUCCAUCUCGAUCCGCAACAAAGAUAGUUUGUAGCGGAGAUGGCGGCGGCGGCGGGAGGAGGGGCGGCGCCGUUCGUGUGGAAGACGUACAGGAUGGUGGAGGACCCCGGGACGGACGGGGUGAUCGGGUGGGGGAAAGGGAACAACAGCUUCGUCGUCGCCGACCCCUUCGUCUUCUCCCAGACCCUGCUCCCCGCCCACUUCAAGCACAACAACUUCUCCAGCUUCGUCCGCCAGCUCAACACCUAUGGUUUCCGCAAGGUGGAUCCGGAUCGGUGGGAGUUCGCCCACGCGUCGUUCCUGCGUGGCCAGACCCACCUCCUGCGCAACAUCGUCCGCCGCGGCAGCGCGGCCGCCGGCGGGGGAGGCGGCGGCGGCGGCGGCAAGCGCAGGGACGCGUCGGCGGACGGCGGCGGCGGCGGCGGCGAUGAGGACAUGACGAUGGUGGCGACGGAGGUGGUCCGGCUGAAGCAGGAGCAGCGCACCAUCGACGACAGGGUGGCCGCGAUGUGGCGCCGCGUGCAGGAGACGGAGCGGAGGCCCAAGCAGAUGCUCGCCUUCCUCCUCAAGGUCGUCGGCGACCGCGACAAGCUGCACCGCCUCGUCGGCGGCGGCGGCAACGGCAACGGCGCCGCUACCGCCGCCGCCGCCGACAACGGGUUCGCGGACGCCGCGCGGGCGGGGUGCGGCGAGAAGCGCGCGAGGCUGCUGCUCGACGGCGACAACACCGGCGCGUUCGGCCCGGACGCCGUCGACUUCGCCGGGUUCUACACCGGCGCCGACAUGUUCCCCGACGUUGCCGUCGAUGCCGCCGCCGCCGCCGCCGGCGGGUCAGCCGGCUGCUCGUUCGCUUUCGGAGUGGACAGCGGCUACUGAUUCUCUCGCUCCUCACCGACUGACACAUGCACCAGCGCUGCCGCCAUCGCUGCCGCUAAUUUUGGCUGAAAUUGUCGGCGCGCUCCGCUCGCCGUCGCUGGCUGGUGGCGUGACACGGCGGCAUUUAUCCUCCAUGGAAGUCGUUUCCGAUGGGUGCAGUAGUGCUUAUUGGUGACACGCGUGCGAGCGGCGAUGGUGCACUGAAUAAAGAUGUGCUUAGCUAUGUAAUGGAACUUGUUUUGCUGUAGUAGGCUGGGAUAUGAUGUGGCAAUGGCCUCUAACUAUUGCUGUUGUGUACAUAAGCAUAUGAAUGCAUGAUUUGUAAUGGUCGGGUGAGCCCUUAAUUUCAUGUAAGCAACUUACAUUGCAGUGUUAAAGAGUUUGGUAAUGGAAUGACAUGAUUAGAACUUGAACUGGAA